AUGGCCUUCUCUCCCACCUUAUCCUUUCACUUUGAGGCCUUGGGGGCAUUUCCUGCCCCCUCGCAACCAUUUCUUCCUAUAGCGGAUUGGAUUCACGAGUACGGUGCUCUGAUCACUCUUGGGUCAGGACUCGAAAAAGUUGUGAUUAUUGGCCAUUACAGAGCCGUCAUGGAUAUUAUGGAGAAUCAGGGUGGAACUCUAGCUGACCGUCCUCGCACUGCCUUAGGUCCAUCUGUCGGGAUCCAGAAUAAAUGCCCUGGGCAAUAUGUCGCGGACAGAUCGGCGUUCAUAAGCGCGGUCUUGAUACCUUGGGUCUUCCAGCUCACUCUAGAUCCUACAAAGCCGUUGGGUGACAUGGGAUCCAUGAAUGUGGAGAAAGCCCUCCUGCCGUUUACAUACCGGCCGUGCACCACCGAAUUCGAGAUGAUGAUUCCGGGACUAGUCGAGGAGAAUUGGACACAAAUCCCGGGUGGCAUGGGCCCCAUUUUAAAAGGGGUCCAAGGCAUCCGCUGA